ACAUUACAUUUGUUGAUGAUCAUUUCAAAUGAAAAAGUAUAACAAAAUACAUGGAAAUUGGAGACAUCCAAAAUUUUGGCUAAAGGAAUCUGAUUUUUUAGGUGUUGCCACCUGUUUUCCAAAGUCAACAGCUUCUCAGACUUCAUUUUAUACUCUAUUAAACAUAAUAGAUUAUUUGCUUACCUCAGUUGCUAGGUAAAGUUGAUGCUGCAUGGCUUCUGUGAGCCAUUCAAAUGAUGAUGCAAACGAGGUGGACGUCGGAAGCCAGUCAUCCUCUCACCGGCAGACAAAUAACAUGCAGUAUGUUCACAAGGUUGGAGUUCCUCCCAAGCAAAACCUCUUCAAGGAAUUCACAACCACUUUCAAAGAAACGUUCUUAGCAGAUGAUCCACUACGUCCCUUCAAGGAUCAACCGAAGUACCGGCGGUUCAUCUUAGGCAUCCAGACUAUCUUCCCUAUACUUGACUGGGGAAGAAGUUACAACUUUGCCAAAUUCAAAGGUGAUAUCAUUGCUGGGCUGACUAUUGCAAGUCUCUGCAUUCCUCAGGAUAUUGGUUAUGCAAAGCUAGCAAAUUUGGAUCCACAAUAUGGACUUUACUCCAGCUUUGUUCCUCCAUUGAUUUAUGCCAUCAUGGGUAGUUCAAGAGAUAUAGCCAUAGGACCGGUUGCUGUGGUAUCACUUCUACUAGGGACUCUGCUUCAAAAUGAGAUUGAUCCCUUAAAAAAUGCCGCUGAGUAUCGGCGGCUUGCAUUUACAGCUACCUUUUUUGCUGGGAUCACCCAAGCAACCCUUGGUGUUCUUAGGUUGGGUUUCUUGAUUGACUUCCUGUCCCAUGCUGCUGUUGUUGGUUUCAUGGGUGGAGCUGCCAUUACAAUCGGUCUCCAACAGCUUAAGGGUCUUCUUGGAAUCAAAACGUUUACUAAGAAAACAGAUAUUAUUUCUGUAAUGCGCUCCGUUUGGGGAACAGUCCAUCAUGGAGGAAAGAUGCAGAGGAAACUUUUCUGGGUGCCUGCAAUUGCUCCUUUGAUAUCUGUUGUUCUCUCCACCCUUUUUGUGUUUCUAACUCAUGCAGAAAAGCAAGGAGUUCAGAUUGUGAACCAUAUAGCGAAAGGAAUCAAUCCUCCAUCCGUACAUAAAAUCUUCUUCACUGGCCCAUAUCUUCUAAAAGGUUUUAAGAUUGGUGCAGUCGCUGGUAUGAUAGGAUUGACGGAGGCUGUAGCAAUUGGAAGAACAUUUGCUUCUAUGAAGGACUAUCAAUUGGAUGGAAACAAAGAAAUGGUGGCACUGGGAGCAAUGAAUAUUAUUGGUUCAAUGACAUCCUGCUACAUCGCCACAGGUUCAUUUUCUCGAUCUGCUGUAAAUUACAUGGCUGGUUGUCAAACGGCAGUUUCUAAUAUUGUCAUGUCCGCCGUUGUGUUUCUAACCUUGGAAUUCAUCACACCCCUUUUUAAGUACACUCCAAACGCCAUUCUUGCUGCCAUCAUUAUAUCAGCUGUUGUUGGCCUAAUUGAUUUUCAGGCUGCAAUUUUGAUAUGGAAGAUUGAUAAAUUUGAUUUUAUUGCUUGCAUGGGAGCCUUCUUUGGAGUAGUUUUUUCAUCAGUCGAGAUAGGCCUUUUAAUUGCAGUCUCAAUAUCCUUUGCUAAAAUCCUCUUACAAGUAACUAGGCCCAGAACUGCAGUUCUUGGAAAGAUUCCCAGGACAAAUCUGUAUAGAAAUAUUCUACAAUAUCCAGAAGCAACUACAGUUCCAGGCGUACUAACUGUGAGAGUUGAUUCUGCAAUUUAUUUCUCCAACUCUAACUAUGUUAAGGAGAGAAUAUUAAGAUGGUUAAUGGAUGAGGAAGAAAAAGUCAAAGCAGCCUGCCUACCAAGGAUCCAGUUCUUGAUUGUUGAGAUGUCACCUGUCACUGACAUAGACACCAGUGGAAUCCAUGCCUUUGAAGAGUUACACAGGAGUCUCCAAAAGAAAGGUGUUCAGCUUGUUCUGGCAAAUCCAGGAGCAGUGGUGAUAGACAAGCUGCAUGCGUCGAAAUUUGCAUAUUUAAUUGGUGAGGAUAAGAUCUUCUUGACUGUUGCAGACGCUGUAUCAUCAUGUUCUCCAAAAAUGGUGGAAGAAGAAGUAUGAGAAAUGAAAUGAACAAUGUUGUGGAUAUAUGCAGAUGUGUUUGCUUGCUCGGGUCCAGCUAUAUUAUAAAGGGAGUUGAGUGCAAUUCCUGGGAUAAUAAUAAUAAUAAUGUAAUAAGACAACUAAAAGUGCAUAAUGAGG